AGCGCAGCAGCGGGGUAAGAUGGCGGCGGGGGCGGCCGGGCCCGGCCCGUUCCUCUAAGGGCGGGGGCGGAGGGCUGUCGCCGUCCCCAUGGAGGAGGAGGAGAAGCCCCGGCCCCCGGGGGGGCGGGAGGACCCGGCGGGACCCGGCGAGGAGGGGGGGCGUCCCGGCGGGGCCCCCCCCGAGCCCGAGGGUCCCCUGUGCCCCGGGCAGGUCCUCGUGAAGGCGCUGCAGCGCGUGGUGAGCGGCGGCUUCCCGGGCUGGGCCGGGGGCGAAGACGCCGCGAGGAAGAGGACGGCGCGGCAGCGAUGGUGCUGGGGACCCCGUGCCGAGGUCGCUCCGUGUCCCCCCAUCCCCCUCCCGCAGACGUGGGAGGCGGCGGCCGGGCUGGCGGGGGCCCUGGACCAGCUGCAGCAGAGCUGCGUGGCCUCGCUGCGGGCGCAGCUUCUCCUGGGCAGCGCCGCGGGGGGCGGGGAGGGGGAUGGGGAGGAAGAGGAGGUGGAGCUGGUGGCUGAGGUGCGAGUGGGGGACCUGGGCGACCUGGCCACCGCCUCGGGGCUCCUGCGGCGCGAGAGGCCCUGGAGGGCCCCCAAAGGAGGCCGCCUGCCCGGCUCCUCGGCGCGGCGCUGGCGAGCGCCCGGGGGUCCCCCGGCCCCCCCCGGCCCCCCAGCCGGGCCCCCCCCGGCCCCGCCGCUGCCCCACCGGACCCGCCGUGCCCCCCCACCGACGCCGGGCCGGCCCCGGCGCCCCCGGGGUCCUCGAGCGGCUGCACCGGGGGGUCCGGGGGGGCAACAACAGCAACACCACCACCAACAGCAGCGUCCCCAGGGCCCCCCGGCCCCCCGGGAGGAACCGGCGCGGACGCAACCCCCCGGCAGCGCCCUGGAAAAAGCCGAUUCUUCUUCCUCCUCCUCCUCCUCUUCGUCCUCUUCCUCCUCCUCCCGCUCUUCCUCCUCUUCGGCCUCUUCCUCCUCUUCCUCCUCGCAGCCCGGCCCCCCGCCCGCCGCCUGCCGCCCCCGUUCCCCCGCCCUGGAUAUUUAUGACCCCUUCCACCCCACCGACGAGGACAACCCCGGCGGGGACUUCGCCUACGGAGCCUCCUCCUCCCCCGGCAAGGAGGCCGAAGGCCGCCAGGACCAGAAGUACGAUCCCUUCGAUCCCACCGGCUCCAACCCCAGUUCCUCCCGUAGCAGCCCCAGCCCGGAUGAAGAAGAGGAAGAAGAGGAGGAAGAGGAGGAGGAGGAAGAAGAGGAGGAAGAAGAGGAGGAGGAGGAAGAACCGGCCGCCCGACCCGACGUCUCCCACAGCAUCAGUCGGAUCUCGGAGACCUUGGCCGGCAUCUACGACGACAACAGCCUCAGCCAGGACUUCGAGAAAGAACCCGAACCAGGCCCCCCGGCCCCCCGCGCCCCCCAGAACCCCCCCGGCGCCGACUCCACCUUACCGGAAGAGGAAGAAGAGGAGGAAGAGGAGGAAGAUGAAACCUCGCAACCAGCCGAGGGGACGAUCCCGGAGCCGCGGCGUCGCGUUUUCGUGGUGGAUUUGGCCGGCAAGAAUCGGGCGGAGAGCGAAGCCCACCCCAAGCUGGAGGGGAAGGUGUCGCUGGAGGUGGUGGCCACCGGUAACCCCAAAGCGCCGCCCCCGCCGUUACCCCCCCAACCCCGCGUCGCCAAAACCAACCGGCACCGGGGUCGGCGCGAGUGGGGUCUGACCGGCGGCGAUUCGGAAAUCGAGGAAGGGGAGAUCGUACAACCCGAGGACGAGCGUUACAGCCCGCUCCGGCUCUUCCGCGCCGCCGGUACGGUCGGCGCUACCGGUAGAGGACGGGUGACGGAAUCGCGUCCCCCUCGUUUACCGGAGGGCGACGAUUUCCUCUCCCUCCACGCCGAUUCGGACGAGGAAGGCGAUUUCGGCACCGACAGCCAACCCGACCCGCGUUGGAAAGGGGGGGGCUCCGACCUUCGCCGCAAGAUCCUGAGCCAGCGUCGCCUGCGCGCCCCCCCCUCGCCACGUUCCCCCUCUGCCGCCUCGCGGAAGAAACCGAAACGUUCGCGGGAACGAGGUGGGGCGGCUUGGGGGGGCAAGAAACCCCCCGAACCGCCCCCCAAACCCAAGGAACGACAUCGCCGACGCGGUUCCCGUUCCCGUUCCCGUCGCCGUUCCUGGUCGCGGAGUCGCCGUUCCCGUUCGAGGGAAAAAAGACGGAGCCGACGGUCGGGGAGCGGCGAACGACCCCGACGGCCGCGGCACAAGGAAAAACACCGAGGGGAGGGGAAGAAGAAGAAGAAGCAACGGUCGCGUUCCCGGGAACGUCGGCCGUCCCGUCGGCCGUCCCGCGAGGGACCGGGGGACCCCAAAACGGAGAAGAGCGGGGAGCAGGCGCCGCGCCGGCGGGAGGCGCGGGCGGUUGUGCCGCCAUCCGUCCAGGAACUGAACGACGCCGACCUUUUCGCCAUCAAACGGACCAUCACCGUCAGCCGACGCGAAGGAACGCCGGAACCGGCCAAACGCGAGGUGCUGUACGAUUCCGAAGGGUUGAGUUUCGAAGGAUUUUCCGACCGGGAACCUCCGGACGCGCCGAACCGGAGCGGUAAAGAACCGCGAUCGACAACGGAGACCAAAAAGGAGAAGGAACGGAAGCGGAGCCGGCCGGAGGAGCGUCCCCCCGCCCGCGAGAAGUACAAGAAAAAAUUUAAGGAGACCCCCGGCCGCCCCCCGCCGGAACCGGCCAAGGGGGAGAAGGAGAAGGCGCCGCGCGGCGAGAGGGAGAAGGCGGCGCGGAAGAGCAAAAGCGGGGGGCACAAGGAAGGCGAGGGGGUCCCCGCCAAGCCCCCCGCCUCCCGCAAGGUGAAGCUGCAGUCCAAGGUCGCCGUCCUCAUCCGGGAAGGCGUCAGCUCCACCACGGCGGCGGCGGCGGCGGCGGCGGGGAAGGAGAGCGGCGGUUCCGGUUCCGGCGGUUCCAUCGGCGUCAAGUUCAGCCGCGACGCCGAGAGCCGGGCGCCUUUCCUCAAACCGGAGGAGAAAGCGGCAGCCGAGGCCAAGGCGGGGGGCAAAGCCGAGCCCCCCAAGGAAACGGGGGUCAAGGUCAAGAAGGCCAAAGCCCCCAAGGCCAAGGCCGGGCUGAAGAAGGCCAAGGGGGCCGGCGGCAAGGCCAAGGCCGGCGGCGAGGCGAGGAAGAAGAGGAAGGCCAAGCCCAAGGGCUCGCUCAAGAAGUCCAAGGCGGACAGUUGUAGCCAAGGGGCCGGUAGCCCCCCGCUCCGCUUGCCCCCCAAGGUCGAACCGACUUGGUCAGGUUCGGAAAAAUCGGGGGGAAGCCCCAAACCCCCCAGCCCGCCCCCCGGCAAAGCGACGGUGACGGCGGCCGCGGCGCCUGCGACGGUGACGGCGGCGACGGAACGGGAGCUGACGCCCGACUCGCAGACGGUCGACAGCAGUUGCAAGACCCCCGACGUCUCCUUCCUCCCCGAAGAAGGACCGGCGGGCGGCGGCGGUAACGGUAACGGGGGGCCCCCCCCGGCGAUGACGACGCCGACGCCGACGGCCGCCGCGACGGUGACGGGGGGUCCUUCCGGCGCCGAACCCCCCCGCGCCGAACCCGAAGCCGACAGCCGCUCGGAAGCGAAGGAAGAAGCGGGGGGACGUCCUUUGGGACCCCCGCCGGCGCCCGUGACCUGGAACCUGCAGGGCGGCGUGGACUGCGCCACCAGCGGCGUGCUGGCACUGACGGCGCUGCUGUUCAAGAUGGAGGAGGCCAACCUGGCCAGCCGGGCCAAGGCGCAGGAGCUGAUCCAGGCCACCAACCAGAUCCUGAGCCACACCAAGGCGCCCCCCACCCUGGGAGCCCCCCAGCCCCCCGCGCCCGCCACCCACCCCCCGGCGCCCCACGCGCCCCCCCCGUACCUGCUGCACGGGGCGCUGCCGCUGGUGGGGUGUCCCUCGGCACCCGCCACCCCCACCGCGCUGCCCGGGCUCGGGGGGGCCGCGACGACGGCGGCGACGGUGACGGCACCCGGGGGGGGCCCUGCCCCCCUCUACGGCACCUCGUCCGGCCCCGAGAGCGGCAGGAGGGACGGCAGCGUCAGCUCCGAGGGACGCGGGGACACCGACAAGUACCUGAAGAAGCUGCACACGCAGGAGCGGGCGGUGGAGGAGGUGAAGCUGGCCAUCAAGCCCUACUACCAGAAGAAGGAGAUCACCAAGGACGAGUACAAGGACAUCCUGCGCAAGGCCGUGCACAAGAUCUGCCACAGCCGCAGCGGGGAGAUCAACCCGGUCAAGGUCAACAACCUGGUGCGCGCCUACGUCCAGCGCUACAAGUACUUCCGGCGGCACGGCCGGCGGGGGGGGGACGAGCCCCCGGGCGGGGGGGGGCCCCCCAAAGAGCUGGGGGGGCCCCUGGACAAAGCGCCCCUCCCCAUGCCCCCCCUCUGAGUGCCCCCCCCCCCCCCCCGGAGCCUGUAAAUAGUGGGGGGGAUGGGGGGGGCACCCCCCUCCUCUCUCUCUGUGCCCCCCCCCCCCGGUUUAGCCGUUAGCAUGGGCUUUUUGGAACCCCCGUACCCCAUAAACUGCCUUUA